GAUUUUUACCUAAUUUUAUAACAUGUCCAUCAAAAAAUCUCCAAAAUUACCCUGACAAUAUCGAUUUAACAAAGCAACGAAGCAAACAAACAUUGUUUUUCAUGAAAUUUCGCCAGACGUCUGGCAUUUCCCAUCUUAAAAGGACCCAAAUUUUAAUCUUUCCUGUCUGACAAAUUAUUUCAGGUACCGAAUUACGCGUAAAAACCCACAAAAAUGGUCGAAUCCGACGAUGUCUUCGAAAUGGACAUCCUCGCUGAGGCCGAGGUAACAAAACUUCAAAAGCAAUAUCGUCAAAUCGAGAACGAACACAAUUCAUUUAUCGAAGAAAAGGACCGCCAAUCCCGAAAAUAUGAAAAAAUCUCCAAAAUUCUCGAAAAGGAACGCGCUCAACUCAAAUUUCAGUUGGAAGCGGAGGAGUUGGGACCCCAUUUCCGCAAAGAAACGGAACACCAAAUGCAAUUGCUGGCAUUGCAGGAUCGCAUGGAGAAGGUUCAAGGGGUUUUGAAUAGGAAAAAAGCAAAUUUGAAGGAAAUGGAAGAACAAAUCACAAAAACUUUAAAGCAAAUUUCGCAAGUUCGUGAAAAUGAGAGAACAGAAACGAAAUAUAACGAGACCAUUGUGACGAAUCAUCGAACAAUCGCGAAAUUGGAGAAUCGCUUGGAUGUGGUGAACAAACGAGCGGGCGUCGUAAUGGGCGAAAAUGCGAUUUUACGGGAGACAAUUGAUCACAUGUUGCAGGAACGAGCGACUUUUAACGUCAUGUGGGAUAAACUUGUGACACGCCUGAACGAUGGGAAGAAACAUUUGAUGGAUUUAAUUGAGCAGGCGACACAAGCGUACGAUCAACGUGAGGAACUUUGCAACAAAUUGCAACUCAUGAAGGAUAAAGGACAGAACGACAAGUACGCCCACAUCCAAGAAAUGCGAGAAUUGCAACGAAAAUUGGAUCAUGACGCGAAAUUGCAGGAAUUUUUGGAAGUCAAAGGGCAACGCAGGUCAAAUGUCGAGUUGGAAGAACGAGAAGCGCAACGCAAAAAACGCAUGAAAGAAGAACUGGAACGGCAGCAUGAGGAAUAUGAAGCGACGAUGCAACGAAUUAAGACAUUUUCCAAUGAGAAAGACGUCGAGAAGCUCGUUACGAAGUUCAUUAAGCAGGAAGAAGAGAAUUUCGCACUGUUUAAUUACGUGAACGAAUUGAGUCAUGAGGUUGAGGCAUUGACAGACACGGUUCAGCUGUUGCAGGAACAAAUCGAUGAGCAACGAGAGAUCAAUGAGAGCAAGAAAAAUAAGAAAGACGAGAGUAUUGAAGCACUGACGAGGGAAAAUGAUAAAUUUAAGGCGAUGGCUGAUGAGGCAUAUGAAUUACAGAUUCAUUGUGAAGCUACACUUACGAAGUUGUUGCAUGGCGUCGAACGGAUUUACAAAGUUCUCGUGUGCGACGAAGCCCCAAUCCUGUACUUGUUAGGAACACAAGACAAGAAAGUAACGUUGAACAACGCCAAACUCUUCUUGGGCAUCGUUGAACGGAAAGUAAUGAACAUCAUCGACAACGUCAACUUAAUUUUCACCGAGCCAGCUGCCAAAAUUUUGGGAAAACCGAACCGAGUUCCGAACUUUAACGUCAAGGACUCUGCCAAAGGCGGCAAGGAGCAAUAG